AUGUCGUCAACGAAUAAGCAGGAAAUCGAAAAGAAAAAAAUAUUACGUUUAUUGAAGGAAGGAGAAUUGUUCACAAUAGCUGAACCUCCAGGAGGAGCUACUGGCGAUUUCUGGUCUAGUCUUAAAAGAAUCAAAGAUAAAGAUGAUUUAUUUGAACCACUGGUACAAUGUUCAGUAUGUGAUACUCUUCAAUCAUUUAAUUCAGUUGAUGGUGAAGGUUUCGAACAAUUAUGUCAAAAAUUAAUUGAUAUUGGUUAUAAAUACGGUGGUGCCCGAAGUGGUUUACCAAAUGCAAAAGAUUUUUUACUAGAUCCAACAAAUAUAUCACGUACCGUUAAACAAUUAGCCGAAGAAUAUCGUGUUAAAUUAAAAGAUUUAUUACAGCAAGAUUUGAAAAAAAUAAAAUUAUUUGGUGUAACUUUAGAUUAUUGGAAAAAUGGUGGAACAUCGGAAAAUUAUUUGAUAGUUAAUAUUCAUUAUACAAAAGAUGGGAAAAUGGUUAAUUUAAAAUGGUCAUUUUGUGACAAAUAA